UUGUUUUCGAAUUAAAUCAGACGACCUUGAAGCUGAGGGUUAACAGGUCAAAGUUAGGUCAGGUUUGGCAGACGAAUUUAUCAAAGUGAGGAAACUUGGUGACAAACCAACUUCCCUAUGAGUACAUUAUAAUGUAAAGACAUUUUGCUUUUUAAAGGUAUUAGAGCUAGAGGGGAAAGAAAAAAUCAUGGCUGUCAACCAGUCACGUGUGCUGACCCUUCAUGGUGGAGAAAACAAUGAGUUCAAACUUUACAGACUGGAGAAAGGUUGGACCCUUCGGUUUGUCUUGGGUCCUUCACUUCAUGCCAGUCCAGUGAGAGUAUUCAGUAAUCAUCCACAAGAUAAACAUACAAAGUAUGACAGAGAUACUUACUAUGAAGUAUACUGGAAGAAUUAUACUGGUUCUAAGAUAGACAGAUAUGAUGUAGUAGCAGAUGUACACAUUUAUAUCGCUGGAUCCUUUAACUACUAUUUUACAGUAGAUGACAGGGAUUCAAGGAAAUCUCCAUCUGGACAAGGCUACUUUUUGGUUGAUCCAACUUUAUCAUAUGGUGCAGGAGAUGAUGAAGAAGAUGAGAUCACCAUGGACUGUAUACAAUGUCAGUCUGUCAUUACAAAACUACUUGGUCCGUUCCCUGAAUGGGAACAAAAAUUAUAUGCUGCCAAAAUGUCUGGCUACAAUAUGAUCCAUUUUACACCAUUACAAGAGUUAGGAGAAUCUAAUUCAGCCUACUCCAUACGGGACCAGCGCCACUUAAGUCCUGUGUAUAAUACUGGAGGAAAACAGUAUACAUAUAAAGAUGUUAACCAAUUAGUCCAGAAAAUGUGUAAGGAAUGGAAAGUUUUAUCUCUGACAGACUUGGUGUUUAAUCAUACUGCAACAGACACACCCUGGAUUGUAGAUCAUCCAGAAUGUGUUUACAACCUAAAGAAUUCUCCACAUCUCAAACCUGCUUACCUUGUAGACAGGAUCUUUUACCAUUUCAAUGUAGAAGUAGCUGAUGGCAAAUGGAAGCACAGAGGAAUUCCCAUAGAAAUUACCACAGAAGAACAUUUGAAGAUAAUUUAUGAAGUCUUAUCUAAAGAAGUAUUUCCAAUGCAGAAACUGCAUGAGUUUUACAGUAUAGAUGUAGAAGAAUGCCUGAAACAAUUCAAAUAUGCUAUUGAAGAAAACAGAUUCAUAUCGUCAUCCAGACCAGUUUUAGAGAUAAUUCAAGAUAAAGAAUUCCGUCGUAAUAAGUGUUCCAUAGAUUUAGACACAGCAUUAAGGCUGUAUAAUACAGAUAGACCUGGUGUGCAAAGUCGUCAAGAAAGAAUUGAUGUGUGUUCCAAAGUGCUAAGACACAGACUGGAUGAGUUGGCUACAGAAAAAGAAAACAUGGUCAUAAACCAUAUUGGAAAAGCAUUAGAGAACUUUAUAGCGAACGCUAGAUACAGAUAUGUUACUGGUGAUGGUCCUAAACUAGGCAAAGUUACAGCUAAGGAGCCAUUGAUGUUUAAUUAUUUUGUACAACCAACAUCACACCAAGGAACAUUGGAUUUUGAAGAGGGUACAAUGUAUGGCGAUGGAGCUGCUCAUAUAAUGGCAGUAAAUGGUUGGGUGAUGGGGGAUGAUCCCCUUAAAAACUUUGCAGAGCCAGGAAGAGAUGUAUAUCUAAGAAGAGAGCUGAUAGCAUGGGGAGAUAGUGUUAAAUUAAGGUUUGGAGAAAAACCAGAAGACUGUCCCUUCUUAUGGGAUCUGAUGAAGAACUAUGCUGAAACUACAGCUAGAAUAUUUCAUGGUGUUAGAUUAGACAACUGUCAUAGUACUCCAUUACAUGUGGCGGCAUAUAUGAUUGAUGCUGCUAGGAAGGUGAGACCUGAUUUGUAUGUUGUAGCAGAGCUUUUUACUGGACAUGAAGAUCUAGAUAAUAUAUUUAUGAACAAACUUGGCAUCAAUUCACUAAUUAGAGAGUCACUGAAUGCUGGAAAUGCCAAUGAACAAGGCAGAUUAAUACAUAGAUAUGGAGGUCAUUCAGUGGGUUCAUUUAACCAACCUAGAUUACGACCUUUAUUACCAACAACAGCACAUGCUUUAUUGUUUGAUCAAACUCAUGAUAAUAAGAGUCCUAUUGAGUUGAGAUCUCCAUAUGACAGUUUCCCUAGUGCUGCUUUAGUUUGUAUGGCAUGUUGUGCUGUAGGAAGUAACAGAGGAUAUGAUCAGCUUGUUCCUAAACAUAUCAAUGUAGUGACCGAAGAAAGGAAGUAUAUGGCCUGGACAACUGAUGAGUCUCCUGCUAGACCAUUUAUGAAUAAGAACUUUGGUAUUACAGCAGGAAAGAAAAUACUUAAUGAACUUCACUUCAAACUUGGUUAUGAGAAGUAUUCAGAGGUGUAUGUUGACAAUUUACGAGAUGAUGUUGUAGCAGUUACUAGACAUAAUCCCAAUAACCAUGAUUCUGUAGUACUAGUUGCUAGAACAGCCUUCCAACAUCCACAAGAUCCACACGGAACAGGCUAUAUAAAGCCUAUAGUAGUUCAGGGGCGAGUAAAGGAAGUGUUGUUUGAAGGAAGAGUUCUCGAAGCUAAAGAAUUCACAUAUGUCAAAGAUUCUGAAUAUAUUAAUGGUUUACCUAAUUAUUACCUUGAAAUGAGACAGAACUUUGAUCCUAAAGAAACAAAAAUGGUGGACAUUACCUUGUCAGAAAGUGGAGAAACUACACAAAUAUCAUUUAAACAAUUUACACCUGGAAGUGUUGUAAUUAUUCAGUGUGGUCUAUCUAAUGCUGCUUCUAAAGCCAUAUUAAAGAUCCGUCAAUUCUGUGGUCAGUUUGGCUAUCUGAUGAGAUCUUACAGUGGUCAUAAAACAUACGAUGAAUCAUGGGACACCACUAAUUUCCAGGCCAUUGUUGGGAAACUUUCCUUGACAGAUCUUAAUCAUGUGCUUUAUCGGUGUGAUGCUGAAGAACAGUCUGAUGGGAAUGGUUUUGGUGCCUAUGAUGUACCAGGUCAUGGUCCUUUUGUUUACUGUGGUAUUAGAGGUAUUGUAGCUGUUUUGAAUGAAAUGAGAGAAAGGAAUGAUCUAGGGCAUGCUGUUUGUGGAAAUCUUAGAGAGGGGAACUGGCUUCCUCAGUAUAUAGCUAACAGACUUAAAGUCAAAGAAGGAACAAAAGUUCUAGGACAGUGGUUUGAUGAGGUAUUUAAACAUCUGUCCAAUGUGCCAAGGUCUCUGGUUCCAUGUUACUUUGACACUAUUAUAAUGGGGUCUUUCAUUGUACUUCGUGGCAGGGUGGUAGAACAAAUGUCAGAUUUUAUUAAAGAUGGAUCCACUUUUCUUAAGAUAUUGGCGAUGGGAGCUGUCCAAUUUUGUGGCUAUGUAAAGACAUCUAAGUUACCUCCCUUGUCCCCUAAUUUAUCAUCACCUAAACCACCUGUAGAUGAAGAUGACAAAGAGGCCACAUUAUCGUUAGCAGCAGGUUUUUCUCACUUUGGUGCUGGAUACAUGAGAAAUUGGGGAAGGGACACAUUUAUUUCAUUGAGAGGAUUAUUACUGGUAACUGGGAGAUAUCAGGAAGCCAGGUUUAUUAUACUAGCAUAUGGUGGAUGUUUACGUCAUGGUCUUAUCCCUAAUUUAUUGAACGAGGGAAAAGGAGCUCGUUUUAACUGUCGAGAUGCUGUUUGGUGGUGGCUGCAGGCAAUACAAGACUACUGCCAAAUUGUCCCAGAUGGUACCAGUAUUUUAAAAGAUAAAGUACACAGAUUAUAUCCUUCAGAUAGUCCAGAAGUUCAAGAACCAGGCUCUUUUGAUCAGCCAUUACAUGAUGUGAUGCAGGAGGCUUUACAAAGACAUGCUGAAGGUCUGAAGUACAGAGAGUUUAAAGCUGGUCCAGAGAUAGAUAGUCAGAUGAUUGAUCCAGGUUUUAACAAUGAGAUUGGUGUGACCUGGGAGAAUGGUUUUGUGUUUGGUGGUAAUGAGUGGAACUGUGGAACAUGGAUGGAUAAAAUGGGAAGUUCUGAUAAAGCUGGCAACAAAGGAAAACCAGCAACACCAAGGAAUGGGUCUGCUGUUGAACUUGUUGGCCUGAGUAAAUCAGCAUUAAGAUGGCUUCAGGAAAUGAAAGCGAAAGACAAAUAUCCUUAUGAUUCUGUUAAUGCUAGAAUAAAUGGUGCUGAUAUAAAAGUUACAUUCGAAGAAUGGGAAGAAAAGAUCCAAUCUAAUUUUGAAGAGUUCUUUUGGAUCAACUCUGAACCUAUGCCUGACAAGGAACCACACCCAGAACUGAUAAACAAAAGAGGGAUCUAUAAAGAUUCUUACUUUGCCAAACCAUUCUUUGCAGAUUUUCAAUUAAGACCAAACUUCUUUGUUGCUAUGGCUGUGGCCCCAGAACUAUUUACUCCAGAAAAUGCAUGGACUGCUCUCAAACAAGCGCAGGAUAUUCUAGUUGGACCUUUAGGUGUCAAAACAUUAGAUCCAAGUGACUGGUCAUAUGUAGCAGAUUAUGACAACAGCAAUGAUUCCAAUGAUCCUAAAGUAGCUCAUGGUUUUAAUUAUCAUAAUGGGCCUGAAUGGGUUUGGCUGAUGGGUUACUUCUUACGAGCUAAGUUAAUCUUUGCCGACAAACUUGAGAAGAGAAUACCAGGAAUAAGGAAACAGACUAUGGGAUACAUUAAAUCUAAAAUGACAGUACAUUUUGAGCAUCUUACAGGUUCUCCAUGGCAAUCAUUACCAGAACUCACUAAUUCACAUGGAAGUUAUUGCCGAGACAGUUGUGCUGCCCAGGCUUGGAGUGUUGGGUGUUUAUUAGAAGUAUUUUAUGACUUAAAUCAAGUAGAAGAAGAAGAUGACCUGGCCAAGUCUGCUGUGAGACCAAAGGACAAACAUGAUGUUCUUGUUUCUGUUUCCUAGAUACACAAUGACAUGAUGUCAUCAAUUACACCAAAUUUUAUAUAAUAUGAUUAGCAUAUUAAGGUAAAGUUUUGUUGAAAAAAAAUGCUUAAAAAUGUUGAUGUUAAUUUUAAACUAUGCAUACCUUAUAAACCUGUAAAAUAUCAUAUUAUUAUUAUUAUAUCCUCCAUUAGAGAUCGGUCAUUUAAAAACGUAUCAACCGUAUCGCUUAGGUUGACGUAUCCGCAUCUGCAGAUUUAACAAAAAACAGUAUGUGAUCUCAAGCUUUAAUUUUAUGUACUUUCAAUAAUGCAAUUUAUGAGCAACUGAUUAAUUUUUAAUGCAAAAAAUUAAUGAAACAAUUAUGAAAUGUUGAGGUUUUUUUUAACAUGUAAUCUGACUUUUAAAGAUAUUCUGGAUAGUUUGAAAGUUUACAGGCAUAUUAGGAGUGAAUACGGUAAAAUUGUUGGUUGUGUUUUCACUUGUGCUCAUGUAGAACCAAAUUGUUAUUAAAUGACUGACCUCUAAUUGUAGACCUCUGUUUCUGAUAUGAGAGUAUAAAGUGAUAUUGUUAGAAGUUAUUGUAUUUUGUGAUAUUUUUGUAAUGACUGUCAUACAUGUAAAUUAUAUUAUUAGGGAUUUUAAACAGGAGAAAAAGCAUUAUAAAUUAAGAAUAAGUUUAACUUGUUUAAAAAUAGCAUACAAUUAGCAUAGUACAUGUUUUUGAUGUUUCAAACAUUCCUAUGUUUUUAUGCUAUGAAAACAAUCUUAAUUGAUCUGUUUACGUUUAUAAUGGAUACUUGGUCAGUAGGUAUCGACAAUAUAUAGUAACUAGUUGUAUUUUUUGAAUGAUAAAUUGCAUCAUUUUCUUUAAAAAAGAGAAAUGAAUGCAUAAGUUUUAAUUGUCUUAUCUUGACAUUUUAUAGAAAAAUAUUUUAAUAACAGUAAAUAAUCCACAAGAACUUUCCAAUUUGUUUUCAUUUGAAUCAACUAUUUUACAGCAUUAAUCUCAGAUAUACAGUUCAUGUAUAGUAUAUAAUAGUGUAUAGUUUAUAAUGUGCAAAGUGAGAAAGGAAUUUAAUUUGUUGAUCUUAAAUUGCUUCCUUCAAUCUUAACAUUGAAAUCCCCAUUAUAGUUCACCUUGGCAUAUUUAUCCAGCCUUAGUAUGUGUAGUGUUAAAGUAAGAAUGGGAUCAGGAACAUCAAAUGGAAUAUAAAUUGGUGCUGAUUACUUGAAAGUAUUUCCAUUGUUGGUACAUUGAAAGAAAUUAAGACAACAAAUACAUUGUACAUCGGUUUUACAAACAAACAAACAAACAAAAUUCACAAUUUUAGAUAUAUGUGAACUCAAAAUCAUGAAACAAAAGGUUUGUUUUUUAUUUUUAUAUUUUACCUCUUUUUUCAAUAGAUAUUUUCAUUAUUUGUUUUUGCUUGGUACACAAACUAAAUAAGCUGCAGUUUUGUGAUGUUUUAUUCAAUGUAAUUUAGAGUUAUAUUUGAGAUAUACUUUUAAAAGAAUUUAUUAUAAACAGCUUUUGUGUUAUUUA